CCCAAACCGGCCUGCGGCCACCACACCACGGGACGAGCCCUCCGUUUCGUACGGCUCCCCAAAAAUCUCUACCCGUCUCGCUCUCUCUCCCCUCCUCCCUUCUCUCUCUCCCCUACCGAAGAGGAGAGUGGGGGACGAAGGAAACCUCGCGCGAGGGAUCGCGGGAGGCGGAGGACCCGCGGCCGGUGGAGGUGGCUCGCGCCGGGGCCGUCCGAGAUGGAGUACAUAUCCCCUGAGAGAAAUCUGGAGGGGACUUGUGGAGAUCCUGGGCCGUUAUUUGGAGACCAAGAUGGUAGCCUGUUGGACCACUUGGAUUAUCAGGGAGGAGGAAUGCCACAGCAUGAGUCUCCAACACUGGAUGAUGGACUUUUAGUUGAUCCAGCCGAUGCAAUUCCAUAUUUAUCUGGAGAUUCUCUGCCCUUCAUGAAUGAUCAAAUCACAUGCAAUGUUAUGAAAUCUGCUUCAACUAGUCCAGAAUCGUCGCUGAAGCAGGUUCAAGAACCUCUUAAGGCAGGGUCUGAUGUACAGAAUGAUGCAUCUGAACAAAAUGUUCACAAUAGUAACUCUAAAGAACAGGCCACUUCUGUAGACUGUGAUGUACAUCAGAACACAGAAGUGAUUGGUGCAGUGCUGCCUCCAGAGCUUCCUGAAAGCAGUGGUAAUGAUGCAUCAAACUUUCAACCAGAAAUUAUGUAUUCUGAUGCGUAUCAUGGUGACUCUUUGUUAACUGAAAAUAGUAAUAAGGAUUGCCAGCUUAACAAUAGCAGUGCUGAUGAUGACGAACUUCCAAACUCUCCUGCGCUUCAGAUGGAAAAUGAGGACAUGGAAAAGUUACAAGAGACCUCUCACAAUGAAAAGAGUGGGUCAGAGGAUGAUCAAAUGAAUGGUAGGAAGUCUAGCCCCAUUGAUGGUAAGGACAAAGAGAACUUCAACACUUCAGUUGAACCUCCCUCUUGGGAACAGACAGAGCAGGAAAAUCCUGGCACUAGAAAUGGCAGUUCAACUCCAGACAAUCGAUUUGAUUCUCCUCCUGACAGGUUUGCAAGACUGGAAAGGGACACACCAUCCCCAGAUGGGAGGGUAUCCCCUGAUAGGUUUGCAAGACUAGAAAGGGACACACCAUCUCCAGAUGGGAGGGUAUCUCCUCCAGUCGGAAGUCCUCAUACCCAUCAUUCUGAGAAGAUGGAGUCACAACGUCAUGCCAAAGAUGUUGGUCAUUCUGAAAGCCCACCAGCAAGACGUCGGUCCGGAUCUUCUGAAAAGCAUGAUCCCAGCCGCAAACGACCUUCUUCAAGGGAGAUGUCUCCACAUGCACAGAAUCAUUCUCCUGUAGAAAGGAAAAGACGGAGAGAGUCUCGACAUGGUGAUGGGUCACCUAGACGAAGAUCUGCAUCUCCACGAAGAAGAUCUACACCCCCUCGAAGAAGAUCUAUAUCCCCUCGAAGAUCCUCACACAAGAGGAGGGAGUCGCCAAGGAGGGGAGACUCACCUAGGAGGAGGCACUCACCUAGGAGGAGGGAAUCACCAAGGAAGAGAGAGUCACCAAGGAGGAGGGAUUCACCAAAGAGGAGGAGGGACUCCCCAAGAAGGAGGGAUAGGUCAAGAUCAAGGUCACCUUCAAGAAGACAUGAUAGACAUAGAAGGGAACAUGAUAGAUCUCGGUCAAGGUCUCCCCACCGAAGAGAUCACCACAGACGAUCUCCAAGAAGGCAUUCACCAAGGCGAAGAUCACCCUCAUCAAGUCAUCGCCAUAAUUCACCAAGAAGGCAUCAUUGGUCACCACCCGCCAACAGGAAGACUGGAUUGGGUAAGCCUGGAAAGAAUCUCUUCAUUGCAGGAUUUAGCUAUGCCACCACUGAACGAGAUUUGGAGAAGAAAUUUUGCAAAUUUGGACGCGUAACAAGUGCACGUGUUGUUCGCGAUAAACGAACUGGAGAUUCUCGUGGCUUUGGGUUCUUAUCCUUGGAGAAGGAUGAGGAUGCUGAUGCAGCAAUCCGUGCAUGUGACGAGACUGAGUGGAAUGGAAGGAUCAUUCUUGUGGAGAAGUCAAAGGCGCCUGCAUGGUGAAUCCUCCACCUUGGAGCUCAGUACACCGCUGUUGAAGAGGGGCCUCAUUGCUUCACUUUGCACAGAUUUUACCGUUCAGAAAACGUAACCUAUUAUCGGUAUGACAUACUCGGUACAUGUCGCAAGUUCAUCCGAACCUGGCUUUUGAUGCUGUACUAGGAGUAAGAGUAAUAAUGCACAUCCUUGCUGACAGUUAUAAAAGAAUAAGAUGUAACGUCAAACCUUAGCUUGUUUCAGGGCCCUGCUGCUGAUAAGAGGGACUUAGUGGGUACUACCUUUAGUGUCUGCAACCUGCCAACCUCUACAUCUGAAAUGUGAUACUGUGCCUGUUCGUGAGCUAGUUCCCUGCUUCACCUCCGUCCUCGUCUCAGGCUCGCUGAUGGCACAAAUCGAUACCAGGAGAUUCAAGCUUGUGAGGCUGUUACUACUCAAGGAUUGAGUUAGUAGUUCAAUAAUUGAUACAUAGGCUUUAUAUGUUUGCAUCCUCUGAGUGAGGGUUUGACAAAUGCCAUAUAGUUUGUGUUUGGAAUCCCAGAUAAUUGGUGUUAAAUAUGGUCGCAGCAUUUAGACUCGUUGUUCGUUUUCUGCUGACAUGGUUGUUCUGCCUGUAAUCUCGAAUCCAGAUAUAUCUAUCUGUUUACGCAACAUUGUUGAGAUCGUGUUUGAGCCUGGA